CUCCCCGCGUCGCACCGCACCGCACCGCACCUCUCUGCUCUGGGAACCCGGCUGCACAUUCCGCCGCGUGCAGCUAGAUCUCCAGUCCCAUUGCACUGCCAGGAGCGAGCCGCUCGUCCCACACCCGAAGUCCCAGAUGGCUUCUGUGACUGAUGGUAAAGCCGGAGUCAAAGAUGCUUCUGACCAGAAUUUUGACUACAUGUUCAAACUGCUCAUCAUUGGCAACAGCAGUGUUGGCAAAACCUCCUUCCUCUUCCGCUAUGCCGAUGACACCUUUACCCCAGCCUUUGUCAGCACUGUGGGCAUCGACUUCAAGGUGAAGACAGUCUACCGCCAUGAGAAGCGAGUGAAGCUGCAGAUCUGGGACACAGCUGGGCAAGAGCGGUACCGGACCAUCACCACAGCCUAUUACCGUGGGGCCAUGGGCUUCAUUCUGAUGUAUGACAUCACCAACGAGGAGUCCUUCAAUGCUGUCCAAGAUUGGGCUACUCAGAUCAAGACCUACUCCUGGGACAAUGCGCAGGUUAUCCUGGUGGGGAACAAAUGUGACAUGGAGGAAGAGAGGGUUGUUCCCACUGAGAAGGGCCGGCUCCUUGCAGAGCAGCUUGGGUUUGACUUCUUUGAAGCCAGCGCCAAGGAGAACAUCAGUGUGAGGCAGGCCUUCGAGCGCCUGGUAGAUGCCAUUUGUGACAAGAUGUCUGAUUCGCUGGACACAGACCCCUCUGUGUUGGGCACCUCCAAGAACACCCGUCUCUCAGACACCCCACCGCUGCUGCAGCAGAACUGCUCAUGUUAGGCAAGGCCCACCCUCCCGAUUUCCCCUUCUUGUGACCCCACACCCACUCUGCUUCCCGCAUUACACUCUGUCCACCCCCAGCCCCAAGCAAGCUGAGUUGCUGCUGUUCUUUGCCUGCAGUGGAGGUGGAAGCAUGCCCCUCGAAUUCUCUGCAGAUGGCCUCCCUUGCAGACACCCAGCCCCAAACCAACAACCAGGUCAUGGCAUGGGUUAAGGUUCACUUUACAAAAGAAGACUCAAUCUUACAAAGGGGAUUCACUUCAGGGACGUGGAAAACGAGUCUCUUUUCUGCCUUUAAAAUAAGAUUUCCUCCUUUGACCAAAAUUUGACACAUGCACACUUUUCAGGCCUGGCCAACUGGGUAAGUGAGGCCAACCUACACAGCUAAUCCUAUUAAAGAAAACCUCCUCAUACACAACAUGCUUGUUUCAUAUCAGACUCCCCGUGGGGCUUCCUCUCAAAGCCCUAUGCCUAUUACCAUGGAUGCCCACAGGGCCUGGGCAGUUGCUGUGGUGACAGGCCAGAGCUAAUCUCCAGAGAGCUCAGACUCUCUAAUGAUGCUGAAGGAGCAAAGGCUAAGCCAGAAAUACAUUUAAAAGAAAAGAUUAUUCCCUGCAAAAUGUCAAAGGUUCCUGCUAUAUUAAAGAGUAGACGAGUGAGCUCGAGAAAGAGAAAGAAAAGAGAAUCACAGGCAAGAUAAAGGAACAGGUCAUGACUUUCUGAUUUUGCUGCUUUCCAGGUGGUUCUUAACUGUGGGAACUCCAUGAAAUUGGUCUUUGUUUUUUAGACUCCCAGAAUUUGAAAUAUUUAGAGUUACCUGGUCUGACUAGUCAAUUCCAGUCUUCACAUCUCUGAUAAGUGGCUGUCAGACCUCACAACCAAAUCUCUUUCUUCUAAAGCAUACCUUCUAGGCAGGGAUGGGAACUCGUUGUCCAUACCAUCUUUGGGCAACUCUCAUAAUUGAAAGUUUUCCUUGCUUUAGGCUGAAAUCUGUGCCCUGGCAAUUCUUCUUCCUCUUUUUACCCCAUUUGUACCAGCUCUGCUGUCAGAGACCUCACAGUCUCUGCCCCUUGACACCCUCAGAUAAUUUGAGAACAGAAAUCAUGACCUCUGUCUUUUCUCCAAGUCAGAUAGUUCUGCUGUUCUUCAUGGUGUCUUCCCUCCAAACUGCCCUUUCCUCCAACCCAUCUUUCAAUCACUGCUGAGUAGUACAACUGGGAAAUGUAAUUUAAGGCAGAAUAAAUCUAGGGGGCAUGACCCUGAAAAAAUUGGGAAAACAACUCAGAGUUCCCAAUCCCAAACUCACCCUCCUGGGAGUGAAAUCUUAGUUUCCACUGAAGAGAGGAUGUGAAACCAUUCCUAGGGAAAGCUGCUUAAUUAAAGCUGCUUAAUUAGUCACAUAAUGAGUAAAAGGAAAAACCAAAACCAAAAUCAAAACCACAUGAAAACCUUUGACACCAGAAACAAAUGGAGUGGAUUCUAGCUUGUUUAGACAUGGCACAUGUUUGGUUUUUAGCUGAAAUAAUGACAUGGAACUAGCACUGAUUCUUGAAAAAUCUUUCCUCCCAGCCCUAGCCCGAAUCCCCACUUCCCCCUUCACUAACAUGCCACCUCAGAAGUUGGUGGGGGAAGGGGGAGAGUCUCUCCCAAGUUUUUUGUCCAUUCCAAAUGCAGUUCGUUAUCCUAGGAAAGUACAUUAACUAGCAUAGGUCCAAUGACUGCAUAAGAGGACCCCCCAGAGUCCUCCCCGUGGAGAUGUUGCUUUCUUUGAUGUGAUGCAGAGGAUAGAGCUUUUGGACUUGGACUUGGAAUCAGGAGACCUGGACUCUGCCCUUAAAUCAAGUAUGACUCUGGACCAAUCACUCCAUCUCUGAGUCUUGAUUUCCCACCUAUAAAAUGUGGAGGUUAUUUGGGUAAUCUUUAAGGUCUCUUCUAGCACUAAUAAUUCUGUGACUCUUUUUUUCACUUUUAUCAUUUCAGUUGAUCUGGAAAAUGAACCUGAGAGAUGAGGAUUAUCACCCCAAUGUCAUUGUAGCUAACACUGAGGUCAUGCUUACUCUGUACUAAACAUUGUUCCAAGCACUGUACAUAUAUUAACUUAUCUUCUCAAUAUCUUUGUGAGGGAUGCACUAUAAUCAACCUCAUUUAAAGAUGAGGUUAAGUAAGAUACAAAAAGGUUCUUUAGCUUGCCUAAGGUCACAUAACGAGUAAAUAGUAGAGCUGGGGUUCAAAUCCAGGCAGUAGGUUCUAAGGUCUGUGCUCUUUAUCACAUUCUAUAUGAUAUUUUUUAUAGGUAAACUAUGACCCAAAAAGGUUAAGACACUUGACCAAGAUGAUACAGCUAGCAAGUAUUAGAGCCCUGUUAGGAUUCAAUCCCAAGGCCAUCAGAUUCAGAGUCCACUGGAGAAAAGACUUAUGUCUCUAAUCUGUUAACAAAUUACUCAACUAUUAAGACUAAUCCAAGAUGACGGAUAUCUAAUGCUUCUGGAAAGGAGUCAGUCUCUGAGGCAAUCAGGCCCAAGGGCCUGAGCGAAAAUUGUCCAGUGUUUUUCAGGACCAAGUCCCUGUAUCUGUCUCUGUCAGGAAAUUCUUACCUACCUCUCAAGCAAUGCUUUAAGCAGCCUCCAGCAAUGGGGCAUUUUGCAGGAGUGACUUGAUUAACUUCUUCAACCAUGGACAAAUGUGAUCCCUUUACAGGCAGUGAUUCUUGAUGUGCUUUUUAUACUGCUAAGUCAAUACAGGUCAGGUAUAAUCACUAUUUUUCUGGGCAGUAACACCCAUCUACCCUAGUACUAGGAUUUCAAACUGAGCUCCUUGUGACCUUUGGAUAUUUUAGUACAUAUAUCCAACAAUCUUUUCUCUCAUACUGGAUAUCCAGGCAAAUAGUGAAAUUUCUACUUAAAAAUUGUUAAAUUCUUUAAAACUCAGGAGCUAGUUUAAGAGAGCAAUCAUCUUCACAACAGAUAGAAUCAAGAGUUAAAUGUGAUAAUGGCAAACCUACUGGGCAACAGACCAACAGAGCUGCUUGCUAGAUGGCAGUCCCCCAGACCUGCUCUGUGACCUCAUUUCUGCCACAUGGAAGCCAGGAGCUUCCAGUCGAUUACAGUGCAAUGUUUAUCAAUCAUAGUAAUAGUGCAAUUAGCCACCAAGGUUCAAGCUGCAUAAUAUGUGUUAGUGGCAACUUGUCCCGGUUUUCAUCUUGCUUAACAAUCCAAAUAAAGGAAGACUAAACAAACAAACAAACAAAAACCUCUUGACCUCAAAAGAGGCAAAAGUAGGCCAAAUGUGCAAUACAGUAUCGUAGCUAUUUACAGAAUCUGUUUUAAAUGCAUGUGUAUCUGUAAAUACAAAGUGAUUCGUGACUUAUUGUCUCCUCAGUCUGUAGCAUUAAUUAACUUCUGGGAGCAGCAAUGGGGUAGACUGUACUAAAUGGCCACAGACUCAAAUAUUAGAUCUGGAAGGAGUUUAGAGAAAAGCUUGUCCAGGCUUCCCAUUUUACAAAGAGGAAGGUUGCAGUCCUGGGAAAAGGAAAUUUCCUAAGGUCACUCUGAGAGUGUACUAGUGAUAGAGUCAGGACUAGAUCUUGGGUUAUCUCUAGGUAGAAAUUUAUCUAUUCUGUAUCUACUGUGAGUCUGGCACUGUUAAACACUAGAUAAAUAUAUAUGAAAAUAAAUUAUGCCUGCCUACAAGGUA